AUGGACGCCAGUAACAUCAGACCAUUUACAAGUGCGUUACCGGCCUUUUGCGGAUUUGGAGAUUGGGGAUUAAGGGAGCGGGAUUGGGCCUCCGGUAACCUCAUUCACACGGUGACACACAACGAAGGCAUUGUUGCAUGUUGUCGUGUCUCGUCUGUUCUGGCCUUCAAACUGGUCUUCAAGCACGUGGUAACUUCCACAAUCCCAGACGACUUUCUUAGCAUCGGCAUCGACACAUCUGAAAUAGAACAUUACGAUAGAAUCGAGUUUGGCAAGCCGAGACUGCGACAACUUGCAGCAGCAUUAGCGCCGGCGCGUCUGCGCCUGGGCGGCACCAUGUCUGACCGACUUAUAUUCAGCGAGAAUGACAUUGUAGCGUCCUGUGAACACUGCCCUAAAGACUCCCACUCUAAGUCAGCCUGCUCUGCUGUCAGAAAGUUAUGCAAACACAAACAUUUGCCUUUCUUCAUAAUGACUGAUGAUUUCAAAUGUUCUCUGCCUGAUGUAAAGAGUUUGGACGCAAAUCUAGACAUUACAAGAUUUAGAUCGGAUUUCUCGAAAAUAUCAGAGGUGAAAUUUCCUGGACUGAUAGGCCCUUUGAAUGAGAGGCUGAUAUGUAAAAUUAAAUGUAUUGAUGGCAACUGGGUGGGACCUCUUUGUUCUAACACUCCAGAUGGGAGAUUCCAGCCCAUAUUAAGAGAAUGCCUGUAUAAAAAUGAACAUCCUCUCUUGGCUAUAUCUUUCAAGAAUUCAUCCAUAAAUCAACCUCUACGUUUAGGAGAUGCGCCGCCAACGAUUCAGUACACUAUAGUAAGCGGAUCGGCAGUGGUGGAGCAUUCGGGGGAGUUGUUCGUGUUCCCCGACAGCACCCUGCGACUAGACUGCGUGUCGCGUCGCGCCCUUGGUGACCCCGAGUGGAGCUGGACACAGGCCGUUGGACAACAUACUUCUGCAUGGUCGAGCGAAGAAGGCGAGAAAGACUCUCAUUACCGGCUGACGCUGAGCAAGAUGUCUGUCCGGCACAGCGACCAGUACACGUGCACCUCGCCCGGAGGACACACCAACACCGUCAGCAUUAAAGUUGUUAAUGUGGUGUGUCCAGCAGUGAUAGUGACGUCACAAUACAUUCGGCAGUUCACACAGGGAACGAAGUUGGGCAACUCGGCGCACUUUAGUUGCCAGCCAGGGUUCCACCUUAACGGAUCAGCUAUACUCACCUGCAUGGGCAAUGGUCAAUGGUCAUCAUUGCCGCCGACAUGCGAAGAAACCUUCUGCCCUAUGCUGAAGACUUUGGGUCCUCAUCUGAGCGUCGUGGAGUAUAACUCUUCGUUCGGCGGCCGUGCAAUGUUCCAAUGUAGUUGGGGCUACCGACUGAUCGGCGCGCCGGGCUUGGAGUGUGAAAUGGAUGGGAAAUGGUCAGGAGAAGUACCUCACUGCAUUCUUACCGGACAUUGUGCCUCAGAAAUAGUUAAAUAA